AAGAUGGCGGACGACUUGGAGCGGUUGCUGGACGAGGUGGAGGCGCGGCUCUGCCGCCUGUCGGCGCGGGGGGCGGCCCGCGGCCCGCUGCACGGCGGCCGGGAGGAUGAGGAGGGCGAAGAGGAGGAGGAAGGGGCGGCGGCGAAGGGCAGGUUAGCGGUCCUGCGUGGGUAUUCCCCCUCACGCAUCCAUCUCCCGGUGGCGCAGUGCCCGCCCGGCAGGAGGGGGUCGGGGCCGUCCCGGGGCUCAGACCACCGCGAUGAUGGACCCGGAGCACCGGUCAGAGUUUGCGGUGAUAUGUUUAUAAACACCCGAGUCGUUUGCCCGCAAGCCCUGUUGCUUCUGCUAAUCUUUGUCCCUCAGGAGAAUCGGAAUAAAAGCGGCGUUAAACCCACAUCAGCUUGCUUAUCAGCUAAAAUGUUAAUGAGUCCUGGCAGCAGUGAAGAAGAUAUAGAUGAUGUUAUUGAUGAAAUCUGUAACGACAGCUUUGCCAAAAUGCCUCUGAAAUUGAAGUCUAACUCUGCAAGAUUCAUACCUGAAAACAAUAGUGCUGCUGUACAGACUCAUAGGAGAAGGUGCUGUCCAGUGUACCUGGGUGGAAGCUCUUCACCGAAUGGCAUAGGAACAAAUAUUUCAAAAAGAACAUGUGAUCAACUACGUUGUACUGCUUGCGACUUCCGCGUGUCGCUUUUCAAUGACUACAUCUGGGAUCAGUCCUGUGAUUAUCUUUUUUUCAGGAAUAACAUGCCUGAGCUCAGUAAACUAAGAGCGAAGAUGAUAAAGAAGAAAGGGUCACGAGCAUAUGCUUGUCAGUGCAGCUGGAGAUCCAUUAAUGAAUUAACCGACCUCCAAGCAGACCAGCAGCUUCGGUGGGUUUGUGGUAAACAUGCAGAAUGAAAUCUUCUUGUGUGUGGUACCUAAUUCUGUAUGGAAUACAGGUCACAGGCUCCAUUUGUUUCCUACACUGUUUUCUGACAACAGAGGGAAACCUGAAUAUUUAUAUCUAGAAAUAGAUGGCAACACCCAGAGUUCAAUCCAAAAGCAUUUUUUCACUUUGUCUUUCAAGCAAUAUGAGGAGUUGGACUAAUAAACGAAGCAACCUAUUUGGAGGCUUUCUGGAGACUAAAUGAGUGAGGUUAAAGCUCACAUUCAACAGUGUUAGAGGAAGGAAGAAGAAAUCAACAGAUUAAGGCACAAGGCAAAGGGUGUGUUCCUCUUAUCCAGAAGAGAGCCUUAUUUCCCCUGUCUGCAAAAUGUUGGACUCAAAGAAAACAGUGGGCCACGAUCCAGCCAUUUCACACAAGCAUUUGAAUUUCUACACAGAAAUUAAUACUGUUCUGCUUUUCUCAUAGCUGUUAAUGAGCAAAUGGUUGUAGAUCUCUUUAAAAGUAUGCUGCAAGAUCAGCUCUCAUCUCAAAGGUUUCAUUCAGCACACCCCAAAACUUUAUUUUAGCCAACAACAGCCAAAAACUGCAGGUGUUGGAAAUUUCCUUCCAGUUUGUACUGCUUUCUUCAAAGCGCUUUCUGCUGACUCAGGACUUUUACUACAGUGAAUUUCUUGGACUUCCCUUCAGCCUUCACUGCAAGAGAUGAACAGGUUAUUGUGCAAUUAUUAAAUAUUUUGUAAUUUUAAAGAUAUUCUGAAGAGUAUAUGACACCUAUCAAUAUUUUCAAGGGAAAAAAGGUUCAGGCUUUGAAGAGUGAGAAAAAAUAUAUAUCUCCACUGAAUUUCAAUUUUUUUUUUAAGUUUCACUUAGCUUUCACUUCAGCUUCACUUCAAAAUAUUACAUAUUCAGAAAGUGUAACUGUCCUGUUGCGACACAUUCCCUUCCCUCAGUAACUUCAUAAAACUACUUCCAA